AUGUCCGAUUCACAGCAGCCUGAGGCCCCAAAGCCUCAGCCCGAGUUACCAGAGUCUGUGCAAGCGCUCUAUGACCAAUUAGAAGAAGUCGCUCAAGAGUACAACAAAGCCGUCGAGGCCGGAAACAAGGAGCUUGCAGCCGAACUUCGGACUAAACUAAACGACCUGCGGAAACAGGCUCACGAGGGAGGUCACCUCCAGAGCCAGCUGCAAGCCGGCGACGUGUAUGAGAUGUGGAUCGAAAUCCACAACAAUACGUCAAGAUGGCUGCGCAAUGCCGGCGGCUGGGUCAAGCACCACGGCUGGUGGGAGUCUGCCGCCGUGGGAGAUAUCGAGCCCAUGGGCGUUGCAUACAUUCACAUGGGUGGAGGCCUUGCAUAUGGACUUGAUUGUGUCGCCUACUUUCACUUAGACGGAGUAUAUAACGAUUGCUGGUUCCAAUGGUGGUAUGGUCCUUACAAGGAGUCGAUGCAUGCUGAUAUGUACUCUCCAACAAAAUAUUCCCAUCGUCUUGAUGGCAACAAGGCAAUUGCAUACUUUUACGUGGAGGAGUGA